GACAUUGUUCGUUAAACUGGCGGCCAGUGCCGUGUUGUCUUCGGCCACGGGCAGUUCUCCCGCAACACGAGGCAACCUCAGUUUGCCAUCAUGUUCCACCGACGACGUUUGAAUGUUUUGCAGUACGUCUUACUUGGCAUUUUUUUCGGGUCGUCCGUCUACUUGUGGACCAACCGAAUGAAUUUAAACCGACAAUUCGCCCUUAAUUUGCUCCAAAAUAAGGAAACGGAAGAAGACACAAUUGAUAAAAAUGAUCUAGAAGAAUUCAUCGAUGAUAAUAACAGUGUUCAACCAAUUGCCGAUCCCUUGUCAGCCAACUUGUGUGGAGAAGCGGCAAUAGCCACUGUCGAGCCUGUCGGGAUCGAACCAUUUCCAGACUUCAAAUUUGAUGCAGAUGUAGAUGCCGAUUUGAAUCGAACGCUGGAUUGGCUAGAUUUGUGGAAUGACGAUGCCAAUUGUACUAAAUACGAAUCGCGAGUGCUUAAACCUGGUAGUAAUCCGCAAGUUGGUGCUUUAGUCUCAUUCCCUGGCAGUGGCAAUUCUUGGCUGCGUAUGUUGUUAGUGGGCAUUACAGGUAUGUUUAUCAGCUCAGUUUAUGCCGGUGAUGAUACCCAGUUCCAAUCCAAAGCUAACACGAGCUAUCAGAUUCCAGUUGACUGUGGAUGUACUCUGCUGCAAAAGACGCAUGACUUUUCACUGGACGCCGUGUUGUACAGUUUGCCUGAAGCGAAUCGAACUAAAACAUUGGAUGAAUUCAAUGGCAAAGGCAUUCUAAUUAUACGCAAUCCUUUCAAAGCUAUACGAUCCUAUCGUAAUUUUGAUUUCACCGGAAUGGUGGGAGCUGCACCAGAAAGUGCUUUCUCAGGCACAGGAUGGGAUAAUUUCGUGAGUCGAUCUGUGGCCGGCUGGGAAACUUUGGCGACCGUCUGGAUCCGUGGACUAAAACAGGGUGGCGUCAUUUACUAUGAGCUCUUACAUCGGGAAACUCGAUCGGAAAUGAAACGUCUGUUAAAGAUGCUCGGGUUGGGUUACGACAAAGAAAGGCUGGAGUGUGUUUUACGCCAUACGGCGGAUAAUUCAUUUAAACGCGAAUCUAAUCAGACAGCACAAACUGAGUUCCCAUACACUGCCAGCCAGAGAUUAUUAAUUCACAAGGCGAUAGAAAGCGUGCAACUUGUUUUGAAAGAACGGGGCUUGGAUCCACUUCCCAUUCAGUAUUACGACUACUUUAACAUUACUCCUGAAUACGGCAUUCCAACGUGAUUGUUCUUUGUUUACGACAUCCUUGUUAACAAAUAUGCAUGUCUUGUGGUAAUUAUCUUGCGCACAGAUAUUGCCGAUCUAUUUUGACGAAAAAUCCAAACAAAAAUGUUUAACUGCCUAAAGGAUUUGCCACCAUGAUUGUUGCCUAAUGCUUAACUUUCUGCGUUUUUAACGUACAGUAGGUCGAUUUAUCAGGAUGGAACUGAAGAAUAAUGACGUUUUCUUUCGCAAAAAAAUAUGAAUUAAGGCUGUGUUAAAAUGUA